AAAGUUUUUCAAACGUUCAAUCAAACCGCAAAGAUGGCUGCCUCCAUACUGAAGGUUGCAGUUGCAGGUAUUUCGAGGUGUGCACGGCACACGUUACCCUCAGUAAGGGCAUUGUCUUUGUCUUUGCCCGUCAGACAGGGUGUCCCUCAGUCUUUGUGGAAGUUAGGCAGGCUAAAUCAUGUGGCUAUCGCAGUACCAGAUCUAGAGAAAGCCACAGCGCUGUAUCGGGAUGUUCUGGGGGCUCAGGUGAGCGCAACUGUUCCUCUCCCUGAGCACGGGGUGUACACUGUGUUUGUGGAACUGGGCAACACAAAAUUAGAGCUCCUGCACCCGCUGGGAGAGAAAAGUCCCAUCGCAGGAUUCCUGCAGAAGAACAAAGCUGGAGGGAUGCAUCACAUCUGUAUUGAGGUUGAUGAUAUUAAUGCAGCAAUAGCUGACUUGAAAGAAAGGAAAAUCAGACUGCUCUCCCCAGAGCCACGGAUAGGAGCCCAUGGCAAACCUGUGAUGUUCCUCCACCCUAAAGACUGUGAUGGAGUCCUUGUGGAGAUAGAGCAGGCCUAGAUAUUUGGAGGCUCACGCCUUGAAGUCAUUGCAUUGUCUAUCAGACAGCAACACUAAGACAUAUUUGGAUGUUCAGUUAUGACAUCAAUAAAAAGUCUGAUAUUUACUCAAA